AUGGACACGCUGCUCGUUUCCUCGCCCUUUCCGCGAGCCUUGCUCGCCCCGACAUCAACGCGCACGUCGCUGCGCUCCUCGCAUGCCGGCCGGCCGUUGCUAGCCGCCCCCAGGCGUGUGUCGCUGCAUGGGAGGCCGACCGUCAGCAGCAGGGGGGGGAGGGGCGCAGUGGGGGUAGUGGCGGAAGCGGGAGAGGCGGAAAUGGAGAGGGGGAGAGCCGCCAUGCGCCAGUGGUGGGUGCGGGAGGGGUGGUGGGUGCGCCACGGGUGGUGGGUGCGGGAGGGGUGGUGGGUGCGCCACGGGUGGUGGGUGCGGGAGGGGUGGUGGGUGCGCCACGGGUGGUGGGUCCGCCACGGGUGGUGGGUGGGUGUUGAGUUGUCGCUCUCUCACUUCCCACAUGCCUCGCUCCCCCACCGGUCAUCAAUCCUCCUUCACACCCGCCCUCCCGCCCUGCCACGCCUCUCACCAUCCGCGUGCCUUCCUCCCGCCCUCUUCGAUACGCUGGCCAACCCGCCAACCUUUCCCCAUGAUAUUCCGCACUCCCAUGCUCUCCCGCACUCCCAUGCUCUCCCGCACUCCCAUGCUCUCCCGCACUCCCAUGCUCUCCCGCACUCCCAUGCUCUCCCGCACUCCCAUGCUCUCCCGCACUCCCAUGCUCUCCCGCACUCCCAUGCUUUCCUGCACGCCACCCUGCCAUGCGCGCUCGUAACUCUACCGUUGUCCGCCUCUCCCCCAAUCUUUCCCCC